ACACACACACACGCUAGCUAGACGGAUCCAUUCAGGCUGUCAAAUGCACUACAUCCUGCACAGCUCUUGUCCUACUAUGUGGAAAACGAGAAGGAAAACACUUUGCAUAUAAGAAUUUCCCUACGGAUUUAUCAUGAAUGUAGAUGGACACGUAUACACAGGGUUACCUUUGAAGCAGACCGAGGGGUCCGUCCCUGGAAAACGCUGUGGAAGCUGCAUGGCCAACCUUGGAUUACAAAAUCACAAAUUGAAGGACGUGUUCACAUGGCAUCUCCUGAAGACCAUCGCCAUGGGCCAGGCCCUCUCGCUGAUGAUCUGCGGGACGGCAGUGAGCUGCCAGUACCUGGCCGAGGCAGGCGUGGAGACACCCAUGUUCCAAAGCUUCCUCAACUAUGCAUUGCUGUUCAUCACUUACACCUCCUACCUCUGCUGCCGCAAAGGUGAUGAUAACAUCUAUCAGAUUUUGAAAACAAAAUGGUGGAAGUAUCUUCUGAUGGGCCUGACAGACGUGCAGGCAAACUACGUUGUAGUGAAGGCCUACCAGUACACUACCCUGACUAGCAUACAGCUGCUGGACUGCUUUGUGAUCCCGGUGCUGAUGGUGCUGUCCUGGUUCCUACUGAAGACCCGCUACAGGCCCGUUCACUUCGUGGCGGUUAGUGUGUGUCUGGUCGGGGUGGGAGCCAUGGUUGGGGCGGAUCUGAUCGCGGGCCGAGACCAAGGAUCCACCACAAACGUCCUGCUGGGGGAUGGCCUGGUCCUGCUCAGUGCCGCUCUCUACGCUUUGUCCAACGUAGGGCAGGAGUACACGGUGAAGAACCACAGUCGCGUGGAGUUUCUGGGCAUGAUGGGUCUCUUUGGUACCAUCAUCAGUGGCAUACAGCUAGUUGUACUGGAAACUAGUGCUGUGGGUGCCAUUAAGUGGGAUACCAAUAUCAUGGUGCUUUUCGUGGGCUACGCGCUCUGCAUGUACGGCCUCUACAGCGUCAUGCCCACGGUAGUGAGGCUGACCAGCGCCACAGUAGUCAACCUCUCUCUGCUCACAGCGGACCUGUUCAGCCUCUUCUGCGGCCUCUUCCUCUUCCACUACACGUUCUCUGGGCUGUACAUCCUCUCCUUCGUGGUCAUCACACUGGGCUUCAUCAUGUUCAACGCCGUUCCCACGUACACUCUGAUACCCCACGCAGACUCCAGAGAGGCUGGCCUCGACGAGCCGGUCGCGGCGCUUACAGAGCAGAGCCACGAUGCCACUUCCAAAUGCCUGCUGCCCCUGGCGGAGAAGGACUCGGAGAGCACAGUGGCAAGUGCGGCCAUAUUGCCUCCGGUCUAACCGGAUCCACUAUGGUUACUUAAGUAUUUUAGAUGGGAUGUGCUGCUGGAUGGGGGGGGGGGUGUGGGGCUAAUAAUGUAAGGCUUUUGCAUUGCCUUAUCACCGGAUGGCCUGAGAGCUCUAUCUUGGAUGAGUUUGCUUUUCUAGUAUACACUCUUUAAGAUUGUUGACCAAAACAACUCCCACUUUAACUCCAGAGGUUUGAUGUUUUAUGUGCGUUUGCAUAUGUUCAGAACUCGGGAUAUCCUUGUUUAUCACGUUACGACUGCAAAGACUUGUUUGUUAUUUUUAAAAGUUCAUUCUUCAUUGUCACCUUUUUUUCUGGCUCGUUACUGAGUUUUAAUAAGGUACAAAAAUAAUUUUUUACAAGUAUGCCAUAUUUUACUAAGGUAUGUGUGUAUUUUAUGAGAUACUUGAAUUAGCUGUUUACUAUUUUAUUUGUAUUAUUAUUAUUAUUGAGUCAAGCAUUUCAACGCUGUUAGUUUACCCAAAGUUCUCAUUGCCUACUUCUGUUGCGCCAAUGUAGGCUUCAUGUUAUAUUUGUGUUAUGUUUGGUUGCCAAAUGAAAUUUCAAUAAAUUGUAUUAAUAAACUUUCUAAGCAAGU